UAUGGAGAGUGAAUGAGCAGGGCCCAGAAGGUAGACCUGGCACCCAGCAUGUGAGGCCUUGAGGGACACCACAGGACUCUCCUUCUUCCCCACAAGUUGGGCCCACACUUGGAGAGGAGCUUGAGUAGCAUUGCCACCCCAAGGCAUCGGGGCCUCCGGAGCACCCCUCUGCUUCUUUUUAACUGUCUGGCCUGCCUGGUCCUUCCUGCCUGCCUUUACGCUGUGCAGUGACUGUCAAAAGAUUUGGAGCUCUUUUGGCUGGCUCUUUUGCAGCAAUGGCCCAAACUCUGGACUUGAUCCCCUGGCCCCCAGAUGCCAGCCCCAUCUAUGCAGCACCCGCAGUUCUCAUUCCGCUGGAGCCCAGGAAGACCAUGUUAGCUGGAGUGAAGGAGCACCUCUACCACCCCUGCCUGCCAACGCUGAGGCGCAUGGACAUGGACACCGUGGCCAACAGGCUCACUGACCAGCACUCCAGGACCAGCACCACCUGCUCCAAAGAGGAUUUCCAAGGGGCGACCUUCACCGUGGCCGGAGUGCCCAGCAGGCCCGUCCCUUCCCUGGGCAUGUCGGAGCUGCGGCAGUCGCUGGCCGGCCGUUACCGCGCGGGGAAGCUGGCGCCGCUGCCGCCCAGCACCAACCAGGAGGAGUGGCCCGGCUACACGCGCGCCAUGCAGGACUGGUCCCGCUUCGUCUCCGCCGCCGGCGAGUUGGCGCUGCCCAGCCACCGCGGCAAAGUUCUUGGCUUCAGCUGUUAUGCCGUCAGAUACUUAAAACCAGACGUCACUCAAACCUGGAGGUAUUGCCUCAAUCAGAAUCCCAGCCUGGAUCGAUACGGACCAAAGCCUCUUCCUUACAACACAGUGAACACCUACAGGAGCUUUGGAACUGCCCACAGCCGCUCUCACUAUCUGGAGCCCUGGCGCUAAGGAGCCGGUCCAUAAAGAGGCCUGAGGCCUGGGAUGAGCCUUUGCCCAGCUUUUGAACAUCCAGAAACAAUAAAAGCUACUAGCUGCCUCAAGAGGAGACGUGGCCGAGGAAGGCAUCUCCCAGGCAGGCAAAUCA